CUUUUCAUCAGCAAGGUGUUGCAUUAGCGCGAGCUGAGCUGCCGCCGCCGGCCGCCGUCGGCACCUCCUCCUCCCUCCCACUGAAGGAGCAUUCCGCUCUGGUUCGAACCCCGGGACUCUUUCUAUCCCCCCUGAGACGGUCCCUGCAGAUCCAACAUGAGCACCUUGCGGGCCUAUAAGGAACCCUUCGACCGAAGCAGCUCUGAACCUGUGGAGGACACAGACACCACCAGCUUCGUGGCAGAAUUUUCGCUGGAGGCCAAUUAUCCAGUGCAGGUGACAGAUCCUAACGCAGACGCCGUGACCCUCCACCUGAGCUCCAUGCCCUCUGGAUACCUGAGGUCUUCUGCAGACAGAAUCAGACAGCCAGUUCAAGAUGAUGAAGAAUGCACCUGCCCAACAUCUACAUUACCAGACUUUCCCAAAGAAUUGCAGAUGCUAAGCAGCCCGUGUGAAAAGUGCUGCUGCCCAGCCCCUCCGCCCAAGAUCAGUGACCUCAUGAACGACAAAGAUCUCCUGGACUUACUGCGGCUCAAGCUGGACCCCAACCACUGCACCAUCAAAAACUGGAAGAACUUUGCAAGUCGCUGGGGGAUGAGCUACGACGAACUGACGGUGCUGGAGCACCGGACCCAGGGCUCUCUGUCCCACAGCCCCACCCAGGAGUUCCUGCUGCGCUACAACCAGAAGACGGUCACUGAGCUCACCGAACUUUGCCGCAUCUACCAGCGCAUCGACGUGCUGCGACUGCUGCAGAGCUGGAUAGAGAAGGACUGGCCGUCGCGCUGGCAACAGACUCAUUAACCCGUUUGACUCUGUAUAUUUCUCUUCUUUAGGGUUGUACUUCGUAGGCGUUUCUUCGUCUUUAUAAGCUUGGAUAAAUUGUACCAAAUUGUUAUCAUUAGUAACUUUAGCCAGUGAUUGUAAGAGAGAGCACUUCCAAGACGUCUGGUGAACAGUUUGGAUUGUUCAGCAUGUGGAGCCAUGCUAGCAGUGUGGCUCUAUGGUGUCAUGGGGGGUGUGUCUCUUGUUCUGUACAUCCUUCCUCCACUUUGCUCCGGAACGAAAUAUCUCAAUAUCUGUUGAAUAGACUGCCCUGAAAUUAUGUGCAGACAUUCAUUCUUUGAAUCAGCUGAAUUUUCCCUUUGCGGAUCAAUAAAGGCUUAUCUUAUGAUUUGUGAUCCCCAGAUUAUGAAUCCUCAUGACUUUGGUGAUGCCCUGACGUUUCUUACAGCGCCACCAGCGGGUCAAAGUUUUCCCUUACCAGUGAAAUAUGGAUUAGUACCAAUGUUUGUACAGACAUUCAUGUUUCCAAGAUGAUGUAUCCUCGUGAGUUUGGUGAUCCUGGGAGAAGGGCCGCCUCACAGAGCCACUAGCACGGCUGUAGACCCUUAAAGCCUAGUCCCAGAGAUGCACACUCCCACGUGACUGACUGGCCAAAUAUGGUCGGACGUUUGCGCUGGAGUUUUACUUUACAAAUUACAGAGUUCCCCAAAAUACUAGUCCUGUGUGAAUAGUUCUUUAGUCAUGUUACUGUUGAUCUGACUCUAUAUGUAUAGAUAGGAAAUAAAGCGCAAAGGGAAUGAGUAUUUAUUUUGUAGUAAAUAUAUUUGUUUUAUUUUUGAAAUGACGUUAAUUUUAGCAGGAUAAUAAUCACAUGGCUGUGUCUCUUUUACUGUUGUUCUAUUGUUGCCACCAAAGGGUUGUAGGCUGUAGAUUGGAGCUAUGUGAACAAUAUCAGAACAAAUUAAAAGAAAUUAUUCACAACAAUAAUAAUUGUUUAAUGCUAUCUCCUUAAUUUGGCACCCUUGAAAGCCAGAGAUCUCGCGAGAGCACAAUUUGAAGUUGCUCAGCGAGUUACUCCGGCAUCGAGCAACACUAUUAAUUUGGUCGAACCAGAUAACAUAUUCUACCAAAUCAAAAACUCAAAUUAGCUAAAUUAGCCAACCCAAACUGUGUUUAAUGCUCACGUCAAUGGUAUAUGUCCUUCUCUGUUUUAUGUUUGAAGAAAAAACUGAAUUUAAUUUUUUAUUGUACCUUUUUCUCAGUAUGAAAUAAACAGAAGUCAAACUCUGUAAAA